AGCUACCUUAAAGAUGGCGGAUACUUACAUGACGGAGCCCGAGGAGACGGAGAUUGAAGUCAUCACGGCCGACGAGACCACGCAGGAGUUCGACAUUGGAGAGGCGCCGCAAGAUGACGACGACGACGCCAUGGAGGACGACGACAAUGAGGGAAAGAUUUCUGCAGAAGAUGCCGACGUUCGCGAUGAUGCUGAGAUGGUCUUCAACAAGCAUUCGGGCUCAGUGUACUCGAUCAAGGUGAACCCGGUGGAUCCACGCAUUGUCAUCACAGGCGGAGGCGAUGACGUUGGUGUUAUUUGGAACCGUGAGGACGGUAAUGUGCUGUACACGCUGUCCGGCCACCAAGACUCGGUGGUAGGCGUCGACUUCAGCUUCGACGGCAAGUACGCGGCCACUGGCGGCUACGACGGCGUGGUCAAAGUUUGGGAAGUUGCCACGGGAAACUUGGUACAAAGCUUGGAGGGUCCUUCGCAGGAGGUUGAGUGGGUUUGCUGGCACAAGAAGGGCAACGUGGUGUUGGCUGGAUCAGGCGACGGUACCGUCUGGAUGUGGCUCGCGACGACUGGAGAGUGCAUGCAUGUGUUUGCUGGACACGAGGAUGGUGUUACGUGUGGAUCGUUUACAGGAUCCGGAAAGAUGAUUGUGACCGGUAGCACGGAUGGAACUGUUCGCGUGUGGAACCCGAAGACUGGCGAAUGCAACCACGUAUUCCGCGGACACGGCUUCCAUGAAGGCUCAGUGACAUUCGUCACCAGUCACCCAAGCCAACCGCUGGCGCUCUCUGGCUCGCAAGAUGGCACCGCUCGUCUCAUUCAAGUGCAGACGAAGCGUGUGCUCGCUACCCUUUCGCACGAUGGUGUAGACCCAAGUGUCGCUGGAACUGUCAAUGAUACCACGACUUCAACGGAGAAUUCGGUGGAGUGCGGAGGGUUCUGUAACACAAUGAACUGGGCCGCAACGGGCUGUCUUGGUGGAUACCUGCGCAUCUGGGACUUGACGACGAACCAGUGCCGCCAUGUUUGCCGUCACCCCGCUGGCGUUAUCAAGCUUCUGUGGCACCCGACGCAGCCAAUCGUGUAUUCGUGCACGGUGGAAGGUCUGCUUUACGUUUGGGAUGCCCGGACAGGACAACUCCAAAAGACGCUGGCUGGCCACACGGAUAUGGUGCUCGACAUGGCUUUCAUCCCUGCCUUCGAAGGCAGCCCGAUCGCAGGACUUCUUACGGCCAGUGACGACGAGUCUGUGCGGCUCUUUCAGGUGGAUAACUAG